AUGCACGUUCUUCUCACCAAUGACGAUGGCCCGCUUUGCGAUGCACACUCGCCAUACAUUGCGCCCUUGGCGGCGGCUAUCAAAGCGCAUACCACGUGGGAAUUGUCGAUUGCGACACCAAGCGCUCCAAGAUCAUGGAUCGGGAAGGCCCAUUUUGCGGACCAGACCAUAACAGCGGCAUAUCUCUACCCGACCGAGGGAAACAGCUAUGACGGUCCGUUUGCGGAGCCUCAGCCGGAGUUGCUUGCGCAAGGAAGGACCGAAUGGGUGACUGUGGACAGCACGCCAGCGGCAGCCUCCGACAUGGGUAUCCACCACUUGUUCCAACACAAGGCGCCGAUUGAUUUAGUGAUUUCUGGGCCAAACUUUGGGGAAAAUGUCAGCUCCGUGUUCAUGCUCGCGUCCGGCACUGUGGGCGCAUCCAUGGAGGCGGCCUUGCACGGGAUGAAAUCAGUGAGUUUGUCGUUCAAGCAUGAGCCGGAGCAUAUGCUCAAACCGGAAAUUAUUACCGAGGCUUGUCAUAUCGGUGUCAAGUUGAUUGAGCACUUGUACCGUCAGUGGCCGCAAGACCGCUCGGUGGACCUCUAUACCAUCAACGUGCCUAUGGUUCCAUCUUUGAAGCUCGGCGAGACCAAGAUUGAGUACACGUCUGUCUUUCAGAACACUUGGGGCUCGCUGUUUGUGAAGGACCCGCUGGCCCAGCAGUGGCAGUGGCAGCCGGAUUUCGCCCAUGUGGUGCGCCAAAUCGCAGCGGAUAAGGCCCAAGGCGUCCACAAUGACGCUGUUUGCAUUCACGAUGGAAAGGUCUCGGUUACCGCGUUGAAGGCCUCCUACAAGGAUGUUCCUCUUUCCGGUGAGAUUGUGUUGGGCGGAUUGAACGAGGGUGUUUCUCGCUUAACUGUUCUGGACCGUGUUUCGGCGACCGUCGCCUUGACUAUCCCAAAGGAUGCAUACAUCUACGAAGCGCUUUUGGCAGCGGUUAAUAAACACUUGAACGCGGUAGUUGUGGACACAUUGCCAGCGACAAUCGCGUCCAAGGUGUUCCACUUCGGGGACUACGAGGAACUCAACACGGAUGAGGCGUUCAACCCGAACUACCUCCUCUGUUCGUAUAUAUACCGCAAGGCGUUGAUCCGCAAACACUACUUGGCGCACACCAUCCAUAGCUACGUAGUGAAACACCCACAGUCGUGCUUGACAAAGAACUUCCCAACCACGUACCAGUUGGAGGUGGACUAUGCCGAGUUCUUGGAUGAGUCGCUCGAUGACUGCUACGAGUUGCGUGAAGAGAUCAUGGAGGGCGAAAAGACCUGGAUCUUGAAGCCGUCGAUGAGCGACAGGGGCCAGGGGAUCCGUAUUUUUCAGACCGUAGAACAGUUGCAGGCCAUCUUUGACUCUUUUGAGGAGGAAUCCUCCGAUGAGGAGGAGGAGGAGGAGGAGGAGGAAACCACUGAGCACAAGCCGUAUGGCGGGGACAACGGGGUUAUUACCUCCCAGUUGAGACACUUCGUGGUGCAAGAGUACCAGGCGAAUCCGUUGCUAUUGCCAGCCUACAACAACAAAAAGUUUCACCUCCGCUGCUACGUGGUGGCCUCGGGGGCCUUGAAGGUCUACGUGUACAAGCCAAUGUUGACCUUGUUUGCCUUGUCGCAGUUCAAGCUGCCGCAGGCAAACGACAACGACGAGAUUGAGUUGUACGGGCACUUGACCAACACAUGUUUACAAGGCGAGGAGAAUGCGAUUUUGAACAACUCAGUGGUAGAGUUUUGGCACUUAGAGGGAAUUUCGGACACGCAGAAGCAGCAGGUGUUUGCAUUGCUCUGCGACACCGUUAGCGAGUUGUUCAACGCCGCUGUCAGCGUCGACAAGAUGAAUUUCCAGCCGAUGGCCAACGCGUUUGAAAUCUUUGGCGUGGACUUCUUGGUGGAUGACGCUUUUGGUGUCACCCUCUUGGAGGUUAACUCAUACCCGGACUUUAAGCAGACGGGAGACGACUUGAAGGGGUUGAUUUACGGGUUAUUUGACGACGUGGUGAGCGAGGUGGUGGCACCGUUUUUCCACGGGAAGCAGGGCACCUCGCAUAACUUGGUGUCGGUGUUGGACCAGUCCACCAGUGGGGCUUGGUAG